AAAAUUGACAUCGAUGUCCAUGAACAUUUUCGAAACGUCGUUUAUGAAUAAUACAUUCGAACACGGCUGAUUUUUUGUUCGAUUUUUUUUUCAUUGUUGAAAAUGCAUGCUUGGAAAAUGUGAAAAAAAGUUCAUUUAUUGUUAUUCACAAAUCAUCAUCAUCAUCACCAAAGUUUUUACCAUUUGGACCGUUUUACAAUCCACUAAUCCAUUAUGGCAUCAUCAAAUGGACAGCAGAUCAAUAUUGAACAAUUAAUCAAUUGUCUGAUGCAGACAUUGUCACACGAUAUCAAUGUUCGAAAGCCGGCAGAAAAUUUCAUUGAAUCUUGUUCGAAUAAACCUGGUUAUAGCCAACAAUUACUUCAAUUGAUUGAACGUCCUAAUAUUGAUGCUACUGUCAAACUUUGUGCUGCUAUUUCAUUCAAGAAUUUUAUCAAAAAAUAUUGGACCGUAUCCAAUGAUGAUGAUGUUGACAUGAUCAAUGCAAAUGAUCGAAUGUAUUGUAAAAAUGUAAUUGUUAAUCUAAUGUUGAACAGUGAUAAAAAGAUACAGAAACAGUUAAGCGAAGCUGUUAGUUUGAUUGGUAAAGCUGAUUUUCCGGAAAAAUGGCCAAAUCUACUUGAAAAUAUGAUGGUCAAAUUGAAUGAAAGUUGUCAGCAGUAUAAUUUUAAUAUCAUCACCGGCAUACUUCAAACAGUGGAUUCUCUAUUCAAACGAUAUCAAUAUGAAGCUAAAUCGGACAAAUUAUGGCAAGAAAUUAAAUAUGUUCUCGACACGUUUGCCAAAACAUUCACUGAGCUUUUCGUUUGGAUCGUCAAAUUGAUACCUGAACAUAUUAAUAAUAAGCAAAACAUACAAGUGAUAAUGCAAUCGUUAGUGUAUUGUUCGGAAAUAUUCUUCAGCUUGAAUUCACAAGAUUUAGCCGAAUUUUUUGAAGAUAAUAUGAAUGUAUGGAUGACAAAUUUUAUUCAAUUAUUACAAUUGAAUGCAGAAACAUUGGUAACAGAUAGUGAUGAAGAAAUGGGUGUUCUUGAAAGUCUUAAAAGUCAAAUCUGUGAAAAUAUUGCCAUGUUUGCUGAAAAAUAUAAUGAAGAAUUUGAUCCAUAUCUACCUGGAUUUAUAAAUCAAGUAUGGACAUUGUUAGAUUCGUUGGAUACUAAAGCCAAAUACGAUAUAUUGAUUUCGAAUGCUAUACGAUUUUUAUGCAUUAUUGCUGAUCGUGGUCUUCAUAAAGAAAUCUUUGAGAAAGAACAAAUCUUGCAACAAAUGUGUUCCAGAGUUAUUAUACCGAAUAUGCAAUUUCGUGAAUCGGAUGAAGAAUUGUUUGAAGAUAAUCCAGAAGAAUAUAUACGUCGUGAUGUUGAAGGUGCCGAUGUACAGACUAGACGACGUGCCGCUUGUGAUCUAGUGAAAGCAUUGGCAAAACAUUUUGAAAAAAUUAUGACUGAAGUAUUCAGUAAAUAUAUUGAAACAAUGCUAAUGAAUUAUUCACAAAAUCCAAAACAAAAUUGGAAAAGUAAAAAUGCUGCCAUUUAUCUGGUCACAUCGUUGGUUGUCAAAGGUGGUUCUGUUCGAUUAGGCACCACAAGCACAUCGGAUUUGAUCAAUAUUUCCAGUUUUUUUAAUAAUGUCAUUCGUACUGAUCUUGAACGUCCAGAAAUCAAUGAGAUGCCUGUUCUGAAAACCGAUGCUCUUAAAUACAUUAUCAUCUUUAGAAAUCAAUUGCCUGUUAAUGAAAUUCUUUUGGCCAUGAUGCCGCAUAUUAUCCGUCAUUUAUCAUCACCUAUUGUCGUCAUUCAUAGUUAUUCGGCUAUCUGUAUUGAAAAAAUUUUAACACUUCGCGAUCCGAACAAUAUGUCAAUACCUUUGAUCAAGCCGGAAAAUAUAAACCAACAUUCUCUCCAACUUCUCGAAGGUUUAUUUGGUGUUUGGCAAUUUUCUGGUUCACAGGAAAAUGAAUAUUCCAUCAAAGCUAUAUUACGUGUAUUCAGUCUGCUUCGUGAACAACUAUUGCCUUAUUUCAGUGUUUUAUUACCGAAAUUGACUGAAAAAGUUGCGCAUGUUGCCAAGAAUCCAUCCAAGCCUAAUUUCAAUCAUUAUCUAUUCGAAACACUUAGCAUUUCCAUACGAAUCGCUUGUUCUAAAAGCACAGCUUCUGUUCAUAGCUUUGAAAAUGUUUUAUUUCCAAUAUUUCAAACUAUACUUGUUCAAGAUGUUCAAGAAUUUACUCCAUAUGUUUUUCAAAUUUUGGCUUUAUUGCUAGAAAAUUAUGGUAAAACAGAACCAGUACCUGGCCCAUACAUGGAAUUAUUUCCUUUUCUUCUUGUACCAUUACUUUGGGAACGACCGGCAAAUUACGGACCGUUAACUCGUUUGAUUCAAUCAUAUGUGAAAUGUUGUUCCAAAGAAAUUGUCAAUCUUAGAAAAUUGGAACCAUUAUUGGGUGUAUUUCAGAAGCUUAUCUCAGCAAAAUCAAGUGAUCAUUUUGCAUUUAAAAUUAUUGACUAUUUAAUUGUAUUUGCUGAUUCAACGGCAAUCAUGCCAAUGAUGAAACAAAUAUUCUUUAUUCUUUUUCAACGAUUAACGCACGCCAAAACUAUCAAAUAUGUUCGUUCAUUGUUGAUAUUUUUCAGUUUGUUCGUACACAAGUUUGGUGUCAAAAUGUUUUACGAAAUGCUCGAAUCAUUACAAAACAAAUUGUUUCGUAUGGUGUUGGAAAAAUUAUUCAUUGUCGAUGCUCAAAAAGUAACAGGUGUUAUUGAUCGAAAUACAGUAUGUAUCGGUAUGACAGAUAUAUUGACCGAUUUGGAUCAAUUCUUUUCGACAACAGAUGAUUUGAUUACAUUGUGGGCACCAUUAUUACAAUGUUUAAUUGCUGUUUUCGAAUUACCACAAGAUAAAACCGAACAAGCUGAUGAUCAUUUUGUCGAAAUUGAAGAAAUGAACAUGGGUUAUCAGGCCUCAUAUUCGCGUUUAGUUUUUGCCACAAAUCAAGAAUUGAACUUAAUUGCAGAUAUUGGACAACCAAAAUUAUAUCUUGCACAAAAACUUCAUCAGCUUUCAAUCCGUUAUCCUGGAAAAAUAUCUACAUUAAUUUCAUCAAUGUCACCGGAUGCAGCAAAAUUUUUGCAAAAUUAUUUACUUGCAGCCAAUGUUAACAUUUCCUAAAUAUCAUAAUCAUAAUAAAAUAAUUUGAACAAUUGUAAUCAUCAUUAAAAAAAAAUGUUAACCAUUUAUUUUUUCAACUAUAAUCAUUGAAUACAAUACAAUAAAAUUCAUUUAAGAAUCAGUGUAGUUGGGUUUUCGUUUCGCAAUAAAAGCA